CAGUAAUACAUAAUAACAACAAUACAUUUAUUUCCGGUUCCGCUGGCCCCGCCCCCUCUUCCCAAACACGUGGAUCUCUUCCGGGUUCUUCAUCCUUUGUUCCCUGUUCGUCAGCAGCCCAGAAGCGGGAGUGUUGAUAAAGCUGUAAGAGAGCUGCAGCAGCAGCAGUUGAUGAACUCUGGAAAGAAGUCCAGCAGCUUGAGGAACAUCUGGUCAAAGAAACUGGAGGGAAGCAGGAGCUCAAACAGCGGCAGGACGCAGCAGAGGAAGAGACACCAGAUGAUGGAUGAUGUUUUCCAGCCCAGAUUAGUGCUGCCAGCAGAUGUUAAAGAAGAGGCUCCUGAAGAACAGAGUCCUGAUGUGGAUCAGCAGGAGCCAGAGUCCCUCCAGAUAAAGGAGGAACAGGAGGAACUCUGGACCAGUCAGGAAGGAGAGCAGCUCACUGUGAAGGAGGAGACUGAUACCAGGUUUCCAUUAACUGCAGCUCCUAUCAAGAAUGUUAAAGAAGAGGCUUCUGAAGAACAGAGUCCUGAUAUGGACCAGCAGGAGCUGGAGCUCCUCCACAUAAAGGAGGAAAGUGAAGGAAUCUGGACCAGCCAGGAUGGAGAGCAACUGAAUGUGAAGAAGGAGACUGAUGAUACCAGGUUUCCAGUAACUGUUGUUGAUAUGAAGAGUGAAGAGGAUGAAGAGAAACCUCUGCUCUCUCAGGUUCAUCAACACCAAACAGAAGACAGAGAUCUUCCAAGAAGCAUCUCAACUGACCAGAUAAAAGUAGAAAUGAAAGAAGAGGACUGUGGAACAUCAGUAUCCAGCAGGAACCCAGAUCUAAAUAUUCAUGGAGGCUCUUCCAACUAUUCUGAAACUGAAGACAGUGAGGAUGAUGAAGAGGAUGAUGAUAUGAAGCAUCAUGAAUCUGAGCUUAAACGCUUAUCAGACUCUGAAACUGAAGAUAGUGAGGAUGAUGAAGAGGAUGAUGAUGUGAAGCAUCAUAAAUCUGAGCUUGAACCCUUAUCAGACUCUGAAACUGAAGACAGUGAGGAUGAUUGGAAGGAGAGCAGGACUUCAAGAUCAGGCAGAAACGCUGUCAACAAAUCUUUGAGCUGCACUGAGUGUGGAGGAAAAUUUGCUAACAGACGCUCUCUUCAGAGUCACAUGACAUGUCGUCCAAGAUUAACGUCUUCAGAUUGUUCUGGUAAUGAGACAUGUUUCAGAGAAAAGAAAAACAUAGAUUCACUGACGAAGUUUCAGACGGGUAGUAAAGAUUUUAACUGUGGUGAAUGUGGUAAAAGGUUUAACUUGAAACGAGAUCUCAAAAGGCACACAAAAGUCCACACUGGAGACAAACCUUUUAGUUGUGAAGCAUCUAGAACAAGAUUUACCUACAAGUCAAGUUUAGGCAAACACAUCAGUAUUCAGACAGGAGUCAAACCCUUUAGUUGUGAUACAUGUGGAAAAAGAAUUUCCUUCAAGUCAUAUUUAAACACACACAUGAGAAUCCACACAGGAGAUCAACCUUUUAGUUGUGAUGCAUGUGGAAAAAGAUUUUCCUGGAAGUCAGAUUUAAACAACCACAUGAGAAUUCACACAGGAGACAAACCUUUUAGUUGUGAUGCAUGUGGAAGAAGAUUUGUCUCCAAGUCAGAUUUAAACAAACACAUAAGAAUCCACACAGGAGACAAACCUUUUAGUUGUGAUGCAUGUGGAAGAAGAUUUGUCUUCAAGUCAGAUUUAAACACACACAUGAGAAUUCACACAGGAGAUCAACCUUUUAGUUGUGAUGCAUGUGGAAAGAGAUUUAAUACCAAGUCAGAUUCAAACAAACACAUGAGAACCCACACAGGAGACAAACCUUUUAGUUGUGAUGCAUGUGGAAAAAGAUUUGUCUCCAAGUCAUAUUUAAGCACACACAUGAGAAUUCACACAGGAGACAAACCUUUUAGUUGUGAUGCAUGUGGAAAGAGAUUUGUGCAGAAGUCACAAUUAAACGCACACAUGCAAAUACACAAAGGGGGCAAACCCUUCGCCUGUGAUGCAUGUGGAAAGAGAUUUUCCUGGAAGUCAGAUUUAAACAACCACAGGAGAAUCCACACAGGAGACAAACCUUUUAGUUGUGAUGCUUGUGGAAGAAGAUUUGUCUCCAAGUCAGAUUUAAACAGACACAUGAGAAUUCACACAGGAGACAAACCUUUUAGUUGUGAUGCUUGUGGAAGAAGAUUUGUCUUCAAGUCAGAUUUAAACACACACAUGAGAAUUCACACAGGAGACAAACCUUUUAGUUGUGAUGCAUGUGGAAAAAGAUUUAUCACCAAGUCAGAUUUAAACAAACACAUGAGAACCCACACAGGAGACAAACCUUUUAGUUGUGAUGCAUGUGGAAAAAGAUUUGUCUCCAAGUCAUAUUUAAACACACACAUGGGAAUUCACACAGGAGACAAACCUUUUAGUUGUGAUGCAUGUGGAAAAAGAUUUAUCACCAAGUCACUAUUAAACACGCACAUGAGAAUUCACACAGGAGACAAACCUUUUAGUUGUGAUGCAUGUGGAAAAAGAUUUGUCUCCAAGUCACAUUUAAACGCACAUGAGAAUUCACACAGGAGACAAACCUUUUAGUUGUGAUGCAUGUGGAAAAAGAUUGAUCACCAAGUCACUAUUAAACAGACACAUGAGAAUUCACACUGGAAAUAAACCCUUUGGUUAAGAUCUUUAUGUGGACUUUUUUGGUUUCAAGUCACAAUAGAACAAACGCAAGAAUCCAAACUGGAGAGAAACCUUUUGGUUGUGAUGAAUGUGGUAAAAACUUUACCUUCAAGUCAAAUCUAAACCAGGAUGAUAGAAUUUACAGAAAAGACAAACCCAUUGCUAGUUAUGUUUGCCAGGGCCACCAUUCAGCCUAGGGUUUUAACAGAUUUAAAUGAGAGUGUUUCAUCGCUCAUAGGUUGGUUUUAUGGAUUACAGACUUUUUAAUAGGUAGAGUCCAGCAGGUUCAACACUCUCUGACAAAACAAUUACCAGCACAAGCUAUCCUCAGGGAUGUGUUUUAUCUUCAUUGUUAUUCACCUUGUACUCAAACUCCUGCAAAAGAACUUUCCCUAAUAGACAUUUAAUUAAAUAUGCUGACGACAUGUCCCUUUUAGACGACAAAGGAGAGGAGCAUGGAGUAGUUCAGGCCUUUUCACUAAUUGGUGCAAAAAAUUCAAGUUGCUAUUGACUUCAGGAAUCUUCAGUCAUUCUCCCCAACCAUCAUCGAUGGAGAUCAAAUUGAGACUAAUGCUAGAAGUACCUGGGCAUGGUUCUGGACUGCCAUCUAAGGUGAGACUCAUGGGCUGACAGGGCAACUUAACGCCCUUAGAAUGUCCUUGACUUCUGUUCAUCAGAACAGUCCACUUAAGAGGCAGUGUCUUGUUAAAGAAAAUUAGUUUAGGAUAAAACAACCUAAAUAUUGUUAAUUUCAUUGUGUUUAGCUUUUGCUUGUGGUGGUAUGAGGCUACCUGGUGAAGCUAAUCUGAACAGGCCUCGAAGCCUUAAGGCUAGUUUUAUUUGUUCUGUGUUUUAAAGUUGAAACAAACGUUAUUUCAAUGAGAUGUUUUAAACAGUGAUGGUCCAAUAAUGGAAUUUUGCUCCAUUUUAUUUGUGUUUUUGUUUAAUCGCUUUGAACUAACCUGCUAAAAAUGUGUUCCAGUACUGCUUAAAACAUGCUAAAGGUUGUCUUUGCUAGCGGCUAACAGGCUAAUAGCCUUGCUUAUAAACAUGGUAUACAGCUUUGUUUACAACAGAGCUUGUCUCAUUCGCUUUGUAAUCGUUGGGUAACGCACCAUCAAUGCUUGUAUACACAUUAAUAUUUGUAUUGUAUGGUAUUUAAAAUAACGUAUACAAUUAUUGAAUAAGGUAUUUUCUUUGUCUUAGCAGCUGGUGACCUAGAUGUGAAUCACCACAUCUCUCUAUCCGUCCAUUGGCGGUUCGCCCCCUGGCGUCUUCACAUAAAGUUUCUCACUUCCAUUUUAAGUGGUAAUAACUCUGUUCAACCAUGUGCUGAAGAAUAAUUACAUACCAUUGAAAAUCAAUUGUCCCAAAAGGUUAUAGAUUUCUAAUUUAGGAAAUUAUUCUUUUGAAAAUAAUUUUAUUAAAAUAAUGUUUUACUUACCUUCCGUUUUGUGUUGUGACUGGUUGUUUUAACAUAUACCAGUUGUUGCCCUUAAGUACUUUUAAAACUAAUUUAACCUCAUUCCAGAUUCCUCAAAAUAAAUCCUGGUCCUUAAACCUGAAUAUCAACACUGAACUAUGACAUCAUUGCAUCAAUUUUAUUGGUCCCCUUUUAUCUUUUAUUUGUAUAUAGUUUCAUUAGUUUCUGUAUUUCUUUAUUUUGUUUGGUAGUUUUAGUUGAAUAGUUGUAGUCAAGUAUUUUUUAAUUAACAUAUUUUAACUUAGUUGUUUUUUUUUUUGUGUUAAAUUCUUACAUUUUGAAGAGAAGGUGCAGUGAAUUGAUUCCAUAUGUAUGCAGAGUUUGCUGUUCAGUAAUGCCAGUGCUCAAAUCACUCUUUCAUCUAUUGUUCUAAUAUCACCACCAUAUUCAGCUGGUAUUCACAGGACAAUACUUGAAAGGCUGGUUAUUUAAUUAAAUAUAAAAUAACAUCAGCAUAUUAUUGCACAACAACAUUUGUUAACCAUGCAGUUAUAUCAAAACAUUCUGUUAGCUUUAGCUGUAAUAAAUUUCAUAUCAUCAGUGUGUUUACAGCAAUCUGUGAUGAAACAUGGAGUGAAUCCUUUAUUCAAUGUAAUAUUUGACCCGUUUACUCCAUUUAAUUUAUGUUGCUUCUCUGUGUUGGAUGUCUUUCAGACUUGUUUUAUGAUUAUCUGUGAAUAUCCCAAGCUUUCCUCAGUAAAGAUUAUAAUACAGUUUUAAAGUGAAAGUUUAUUUUUCAAAACAAGGGUUUUAAUCCAACCAGAAGCUGUCUUUUCCCUUCUUUUGCCUCAGAAGCAACAAAACACUGAACUCCACUUUGACAAACUUCUUUAAAACUGUUAAAGUUGCACCUCUACAUGGAGUUUGUAUUAAGUCUAUAAAAGUCACAAAUGGCAGAUGUGGCACGAUUAUUGGUUAUAGUUUAUAGAGCUCUCUUUACCCUACCUGCUUCAUUAAUGACAAAGCUCUGCCAUGAAGUUGAACCUUUUCAUUAAUAAUAUGUAAAGACUGUUGGUUAGUAGCUGAAAAAAAUCAAUGUACCUUAUUUGUCAGUUUUUAACUUUUUGUCCUAUUUUUUACUUUAAUUAUGGUUGUUUUAUAUUUUCUUAGCAAAUUAGUCUUACUUUAAAAGAAAUUGUUUUAAUGUUUCCUGACUCCUUUAUUAAUUAGUCUUGCUGCAGUAUCUUUGUGUUUAUGUCUUGGUUUUAAAAGGAGCUAUAAAAGCAAGGUUGAAUUGAAUUAAGCUGUAGAUCAAUAAAUUGUAUAUGAAUGAAUGUUUUAAGGAACUUUAACUGUUCUGGGCUGCAGUUGGGUGGAUGGGGCGGUGCAGCAUGUCUUGUGCCUGCUCCACUUGUGAAAAUAAAUCUGUUGGGCUUCUUGUUGCGGAACAAUUAAUAUCACAGUAAAGUGGCGUUUAGACUUCCAAAUGUCUGUUUAAUUCCAUAUUGAUUCUAUUAAGUAGAUCUUCAGCUCCUUUUUUCAAUGAUUCACUUUAAGCAGAUAAUAUACAAGCAAAUAAGAUAUGUCCACCUUGUUGUUUUCCCCCUUCUUAUCAUAUGUGUUGAAUAAUGGAAAAAGUUUUUUAUCCAAUAGUUCCACCUUCUUUUCUAUAUGCAAUCUGAUUCUGAAUAUAUUUAAUCUUCCAACUAAAAGUAUUUGACAGCAGUUUUCUUGUAAAUAAAUCACAUGAUUUUUUAACCUGUGAAAAUAGUUGGUUUCAUAAAACCUGGAGAUGACAGAGUGGACAAUGAAGUGACUGGGUGAACUCUGGCCUGGUAGAGAACCAUUGAUACUUAACCAGUAUCUGACUAAAAAAGUGAGUAGUUUUUUGUUGUUGUUUUUCAAACAUAUUGAUUAGAAAAACUUAUUUGAUCAGUUAACACAUAACAAAAUCACAGUCAAGGUCUUGAUGCAGUUGGCUAGGCUCCCUUACAUAGAUAACUGUUGGCCAACAGACUGUCUUGUAUUCCAGUGAGGAUCAGGUUGGAUCAUUAUUGAAACUGAUCUCUUCAUGAUUGAAUUAUCUUCAUAUGAAUCUAGUUUAUUCUGAUUUCUUGUCUAAUUGGAAAUGAAUUUGACAGGUUUGUGUGGAAAGUUCUUUGAGAUGAGACUAGUUGUGAAUUGGUGCUGUAUAAAUAAACUGAAUUGAAUAUGCAA